AUGCAAGAUCAAUUAUCCGAAAAAUAUGCCAUUCAAAAGAAUAUCCGAAGCUUCUUCAAAUCGUUUUUGCCGUUAUUUUCAUCAAAAGAUUCCCCGGUCUUUUUCGAAAUUUUGCAAAAGUUAUCCCCGUUGAUGAAUCGAUUGCUGGAUGAGCUAAUUGCCACCGAAGCGUCAGAAGAUAACAAUUUUUAUAUCAUUUCCAUGCUAAUGGUCUGUUUAACGUCAGUGGUGUUUCCAGAGCAACAAAUCACUCCCAUCAUCACUAGGAUGAAGGAAAAGACCUUUUUGCUGCAAUUCAAAAAAAAGUGUUCGCACAUUUUUCGCAAUCAGGCCUUCUUUCGUGAGUUUUUUGACUGCAUUGUUAGUACAAAGGGUCAAUUUGUGGUGUUGAUUUUUCCCGCAGUAUUCCAUUCGGUCGUUGAAAUCAUACGUGAUAAUCUGCCUUUGACUCCAUUCUCUUUUGGACGUGAUUUGUUGGAAGAGCGCUGCUUUUUGAGGAUGAAUUCUCCAUUUUCUCUUUAUUGCCAAGCUGAGGAUAGUAUGUUUUCUAAGGCUUUCAAGGUGUUGUUCUCCGCAAUUUCUUGCAUUUCGAUCGAGCCCGCUUGUUUGGAAACGUUUUUUCAAUUGAUUGCAGAUGCUAUCAAGAAAAUAUGCUUCGAAACGUGCUCCACUGCGUUUUUCCAAUUUAAAUCGAUUUCUUCCCAACUUGAAUUGGCCGCUAGACCUUUGAACGGUUCACUUUUGGCCCAAUUUUGUCAGUACCUCAAUUCCUUUUACUCUUCGUUCAUUAUUUCAUAUCUCUUUUUGCGCUCCCUUCAUUUAGCUUUACAAGAGUAUUUUCUUUCCAUGUCUAGCGAUGAGAAUUCCCGCUUGCUUUUUGAAGAUCCGGCUGCAUAUUCGCCAUUUUCCUCGCUCAAAUUUGGCCUCCAGAAAAUUGAAAAUUUACUUUUGCUGGAGCAAUAUCACGUACUGAAGCACUUUUGCCCAAAAUCUUUGCUAACCAAUGUCGGGAUGCUUGAGCCAAAAUUGCUUGACUUUGCAGAAAUUAUCUUCAACAACAUCGAGAUAAUCGAUUUGAGUUCGCUUGAUGACAAUACACUUCAAAGCAUCAAUUACAUUGAAGUUGUUGACCAGCUAAAGGGCCAGUUGAGGAAUAGCAAGAGCGUUAUAGACCAACUUUCUUCAGAACUCGACAAAAAAACUGUAAAUAUGGUAUCUUUGGAACAAAAUCUAAUUGAGCACCAAAGUUUGGUAUGCAAUUUAUCUGCCCAAAACGAAGCGUCAGCCAAUCUUCUGGAAGAAAAUUCGAUUCUAAUUUCUGAUUUAAGAAGCGAGCUUAAACAAAAAGAACUCAUGAUCGGGUCUUCUGAUGUAGAAUUGGCAGGGCUAGAGGAAAAAGUUUGUUCGCUACAAUCCCUCAAUAGAGAUCUUGUCGAAGAAUUGGAAAAAAUUAUUUCUGCCAAAGAAUGUCUUGGCAAUGAACUGGAAAAGAUCGUCUCUGAAAAGGAAUGUCUUGGCAAUCAAUUGGAAAAGGUAGUGUCUGAAAAGCAAUUUCUUAUCAAUCAAUUCGAAGCGGAGAAAAAUAAUCUUCUUAAUGAAUUUACGCUUAAAUUGGAAGAAAAGUCCGCCUUUAUAUCCAAUUUAGAAAAGGAGCUUGAAAGAAGCAUUUGUGAAAACCGUGCUUUAACGUCUCAGCAUGAAGCUCAUCUUGAAGCCUUUUUAAGCGAAAAAUCUUCCAACGAAAAUUUAUUUUCUGUUGAAAUUGGCCAAAUCUCCUCCGAAUGUGACGACUUGAAGGUGAAAAUAUCACAUCUUGAACGCAAAGUCUUGUUGAAAGAGGAAGCCAUAGUUGAACUGAAGGCAUUGGAUGAAAGUCACCAAUCAGAGUGUGAUGACCAGAAAAUAAAGCUGCUGGAAUUGGAGAAAACCGCCGCCACUUUUGAGGAAAAGGCAAACGAGUUGCAAAAUUUGCUUGAAAAGGAACGCGAAAUCACCGGCAUGAUUCAAGGCAUAGCAGCCAAGAUUUGUUCAAAGUGA